CCAUGGCUGCAGAGCUAGGGAGCAUAAUGAGUGACAUUCGCCAUUCCCUGCUCCGCCGGGAUGCCCUGAGUGCUGCCAAAGAAGUGCUGUAUCACUUGGACAUCUACUUCAGCAGUCAGCUCCAAAAUGCCCCUCUUCCCAUUGUGGACAAAGGCCCAAUUGAGUUGCUGGAAGAGUUCAUAUUUCAGGUUCCCAAAGAGCGCAACUCCCAGCCUAAAAGGUUGAAUUCACUUCAGGAGCUUCAACUUCUUGAGAUCAUGUGCAGCUAUUUUCAAGAGCAAACCAAGGAUUCAGUCCGGCAGAUCAUUUUCUCAGCCCUUUUCAGCCCGCAAGGAAACAAAGCAGAUGAUGGCAGGAUGGCCUUGCUAGGAAAACUGGUUUCCAUGGCGGUAGCUGUGUGCAGAGUUCCUGUUCUGGAGUGUGCUGCAUCAUGGCUGCAGCGAACACCUGCAAUCUACUCAGUGACAUUAGCCCGCACCUUAGUGGACGACUACUGCUGUCUGGUGCCAGGUUCCAUUCAGAUAUUGAAACAAAUAUUCAGCGCUAGUCCUCGCUUCUGCUGCCAGUUCAUAACGUCAGUUACCACGCUCUACGACCUUUCUUCAGAUGAUCUCAUUCCCCCUUCGGACUUGCUCGAGAUGGUUGUCUCCUGGAUCUUUGAGGACCCCCGGUUGAUACUCAUCACCUUUUUAAACACCCCUAUUGCAGCCAACCUGCCAAUAGGAUUUUUAGAGCUCACCCCCCUCACCGGACUGAUCCGCUGGUGUGUGAAGGCCCCUCUGGCCUACAAAAGGAAAAAGAAGGCCUCUCUCUCAAAUGGUCACCUCGCCAAUAAAAUUGCCAAGGACUCAGCUGCUGGCGCUGACAAAGACUGCCACUUGCUAUAUUCCAAACUGCAUCUCAGUGUCCUACAGGUUCUCAUGAUGCUUCAGGGGCACUUAACAGAGAAGAACCUCUAUGGCCGGCUGGGGCUAGUGCCCUUUGACCACGUGGUUACACUUGUCGAGGAAAUUAACAGACUGUCGGAUGAACUCAAUCCACUGAAUGCUUCCAAAGAGAUUGAACUGGCUCUGGACAGAUUGGCUCAGGCUCUGCAGGUGGCCAUGGCAUCAGGAGCAUUUCUGUGCACUAGAGAUGACUUGAGGACAGUGUGUGCUCGGCUACCACACAACAACCUACUUCAACUGGUGAUUUCAGGUCCAGUGCAACAACCAACCCAUGCUGCUUUGCCACCAGGAUUUUAUCCUCAUAUCCACACCCCUCCGCUGGGCUAUCCUGCCCAUGCAGCACACCCUGCGUUGCCUGCACAUCCGGCUCAUCCAGCACUCCCAGCCCAUCCGGUGCAGACAUUCAUACCAGGCAUGACUUUCCCAUACAGGCCUAUUCGCUAAGAAACCUUGCUUACACUGCACAAUGUGCCCCUGUUUUCCCCACCCGGGGAAGCAUUGCAGAGGAAAGCAGACAUUUAUGGAACCACACUUUUCCUCUUUAAUCUUGUGCUAUGUGAUGUCUACAAGGAGGAGUUUCUUCAGGAGAAGGGGCAAAUGCUAGGCUGCACUAGCCCUAAACAUGGACAAUUUCUUACUCAUCCAAAUUGCAUGGAUGAAAGGAAAAAAAAGCCUUCUGGAAUGUAUGGGGUUUUUUUUAAUGUCAACUCUGACUCAUCUAAUGAGCAGUACCAUUGUAUUUCUUAGUCUGGUGUUUCUCUCAGGUACACAUUUGUCUGACCUGGUAGUGAGACCAGCUAUUCUCUUGCUCCUUAUUUAUGAGGGACAGUAGGAAAACCAUACCAAGACUUGUAAGUUCGUCCCAUGCCCCUGUCCUUUCUCUUUGUAAACAUUUGUGCCCAUACCAACGGAGUGUCGCACACUGUAUGAUUUGGGCAUUGUGAAUGUUUGCUUCAGAAGUGCAAAGUAGGAGAAACUGUGAGAGGAAACCACUAAAGAAAGAGUGAUCGCUUGCCUCUCUUUUAUCUCUUAAAUGGUGUUCAGCAUAUCCAGUUAUUGUUAGGCCUCUGCCAGGAAGGAACUUCCUUCCUUGGUGAUUGCAAUAUCCUUGGGGUUCUGGUAGGUCUCUGCAAUAUCCUUUUCUCAUGGUCUACACGUUUGUUGGUUUGAAAUUAGAGACCUCAUCUGGUAUCACUAAUGCUGGUUGGCAAAAACAGAUCAGCAUCUUAAUGCAUCAAACUAGGUACUGAUGUUAAGCAAUUUAACCUUUUUACUGCAAUUAAUUUGCAGCCAAAAACAAAAAAAAACCCAGAUUGUUCCAGAGAAGGUAGGUUCCCAGUACCACAGGCUUUUAAUUGGAAAUGGGGUACUUUAUGGAAACACGUUCUAGUCAUGAUAAGUUUGUCUUCGGUAUCACUGCAGAGAAGUACAUAAUGCAUCCCUGCUGAGAACUGGGGGUGGUUUUCUAGCACAGUGACAAUAAUGUAGUUCUCUAAGCCACUUUAUUGGCUUUAGGGGGAAGCAAGGGCAAGCUUUUCCCAGGAGUCAAUCACUUUAUUUCUUUAUGCACAUUUCAGAUGUCAUGCUAUUGGCAGAGACAUGUGGCAGCAAUAGUUAUCCAAUUGCACACUAAAAUCAGAGGACAGAGAGAUGGAAGGGGUGUGUGGCAUUUGUAAGUCAUUCAAUACAUUACAACUGGAGAGUAAUCCUGAUGUUUAUCUGCUUCUCUUUCACUGGAAAGAUUAAAUUCAUCACUUUGUAGAACUCCAACACAAUGAAAAGAUCUUGAAACUAUGAACUACUGAACAUUAAGAGAGAUAAAGUUAUUUAUCAGUACCCAUUGUACCAUAUCUCCUUUGAAAGGUUACUUGAAAGGGGGAAGUGGAGUUGGCAAUAACCCUGAUGUGUAACAGCCAUGUUUAUUUUGUUUUUAUCUGUAGCUACUUGAUUUUAAAUUGUCUGCAACCUGUUUUCCAAAACUUGCGCUGGGGGGGGAGCUCCAUGUUUUUUUUUUCUUGAAUUAAAAGUCUUGCAUUUCUUUCUUGUUUGUAUCUCUGACCUAUUCCAGCCACUUACAUUAAAAACCUUGAUUUAGAA